AUGGGGACGGAGGACGUGGAGCGCUUCCUCGCCUCGGUCGGCUCGCCGCUCGCUGCGGGCGGCGAGGCGCAAAAGACACUACCUGCAGAUGCAGUGCUGCAACUGCUGAAUGCACGGAUCGAGUCGCUCGCGGCCCCGCUCGAGGCGGCGCCGAAGGCCAAGACCAGCGACAACGUCCCCGGCCUCGAAGAGUACCUCGACGAGGACAUGGUCGCUGCGCUGCGUGCGUACGCAUCGGCUACGGCACAGUACACACACACAUCGGCUGUGGCGAACAUGACCAAGCAGCUGUCCGAGGCAAUGCAGCACGUCGCCGACGUCCACACGGCCCUCGAUGCGCGCGACUGGGAACGCCUGCCGACGCUUCUCCCGCAUGCACAGGAGGCGCUCUUGCUGGUCGGCAUCGAGGUCGACUUUGUGCACAAUGUGCUGCGCGACGUGCCGGGCGACGAAGCGCUCGCGCACUCGGCGACAAUACAUCGCCUAAAGGAGCACUGCCAGCGUCUCCUUGUCCAGAUGCACUCGCAGGUCAACAAGGACUGGGAGCGCGCGGUCCAGGUGCUCGACGCGAGCGGCGAUAUUGCACUGGCCGUGCAAAACAGUCCGCACGAGGAUCCGGAAAGCGCCAACACCCCGAGCCUCUUGGACUUGUGGGAAUACGCUCAGGGCAUGAACUUGGGUGAGGCCGUCGCCGAACGCAUCGCCUCGCUGCUCGAACGCAAGAUCGUGCGCCCAAUGCUGGGCGAUGUAGCGGACUGGCACGCGUCGCAGUCCUCGACCACGGACGAUAUCUUGACGCAGCUCGUCCUCUCGCAUACGCCAUCCAAGGAUCCGCUCCAGGGCGCGGCCAUCCCGGCCCUCGUGCAGGUGCUGGUCUUUCUGCGCGAGACGCUCUUUUUGCCGUCGGCACACGACGGGCCGGCGAUCCAGGACGCGCUGCUCGCGCCGACGCUCCAAGUCUUGGUAUCCCACUCGCUUGUCCCGAAACUCGUCGCGUCGCUCAAGGCGUACCUGCUCCAGUGCCUACCGACUACAAAAACAUCGCUGGAAGCGGCAAAGGAGGCUACAGAAAAGGUUACGCGCCUCGCUCUUCAAGUCCACGACGCACUCGUCGACCAUGGGUACGCCCGCGCCUCGACGGACAGCGGAUCGAUGGUGCGCCGCCCAGGAUGGGCGCAGCUCGAGCCACUGACGGACCUCCCGACGUGGGUCGAGCAUGUUGGGGGGCUGUGUACGCAGCAUAUGCUGGGCGGCGUGCUCGACCAUGUCCGUGCGGCGAUUCUGCGAAUGGACGACAAGUCGUGGGACAUGAUUGACGUCGAACGCCAGGUGCCAGACGAAGGCCCGAAUCCCCCGCCGAAGAACCCGUUCAAGGCCGAGCCCAAGCCCAAAGUGCAAGAGGCGAAGCAGGCGCCGCCGCCCAAGAUCCCUGAGCCGGUCAAGUCGCCGGUCGUUGCGCCGAAGCCGGCCGUGCCUGCACCGAGCAAGGCCAAGAAGCCGACGCUGGGCGGCGUUAAGAAGCUGGGCGCUACACCACUGCAGACGCCAGCUAAGCCUGCGCCGGCGCCCGCACCGGCACCGGCGCCUGCGCCUACACCUGCCGAGCCUGUUCCAGAGCCAGACGACGACGACUGGGGCUGGGGCGACGACGACUUAGAUAAUGAGCCGAAACAGCCGUCAACCGAUGCACCAAAGGAUGCACCCGCCGACGACUGGGACAUGGACGAUGCCUGGGGCGAUGUCGCCAAGGAUACCAAGCCAUCUGAGGAUACUACACCCAGCGGCCCGGACGGCGCUGCCGACGACAUGGACGACGACUGGGGCUGGGGUAGCGACGGCGAAGUCGAAAAGAUGCUCGACGAGCCCGCGCAGCCGUCCGAGGCGCGGUCGCCCCCUCCGCCCAAGCCCGAAGACAGCUCGUUCGACGCUUGGGACAUGCAAGAGCCCGACGUCGAGUCGCCCGAGACUGAGCACAUUCCCCUUCCUCCAGAGCCUACGCCUGCCCCGGUGCCUUCCAUGAAGUCCGUCUCGAUCAAGAUUUCGGCGCGGUGCCGCGCUGUCGCGGCGCAUGCCGAAGAACAGUUCGGGCUGCUGUCGCAUGUAAGCGACCCCCGCCUUCGGCAUGCCGUGGCACAGUCGCUCCUGGAAUGCUGCCAGCUGUAUCGUGCCAUGAUGCCCGCGGUGCAUGCAGCAUCACUUCAGCACGUUCCGCUCUUGAGCAUGCUCUUUGCGAACGACUGCGACUACCUUGCCGACGAGAUGCGCACGUACGCUGACCGUGCCGCGCACCUCCCGGGCCCGGCGGUGAAGAGCGGCCCUCUGUCGCUGGAUGCCGCGCUGCAGCACGAGGCGGCUGCCUUGCGGAAUGUCGGCAGCCAGUGGCGGCAAGCGCAGCUCGCCCUGCAAACGGCGGCGCUCCACGAGUGCCUGGACCAGGCCGACGGCUUUGCGCGUACCGACGCCGAUGCACGCAAUGCGACGUGCGAACGUGCCAUCGCACAGGUCAGCCACAUCCUGCAGCACCUCGUGACAGUAUGGCGCCCCGUGCUCUCCCAAGACGUCCUCCUACACCUGCUUGGCGAACUGGUACAGUCCGUUUUUGUGCGUGUCCAGGCGAGUAUCGAAGACCUCGAGGAUAUCUCCGAGGCCGAAAGUACGCGCCUCGCUGCGCUGUGCCGCACGCUGCUCGAUGCGCAAACGGCGCUCUUUAGCCAAGCCGCGCAGGUCGAUACCGAGGCGGCGGGUGCGCUGGCAGCGACGUCGGUCACGAGCUGGUUCAAGUUCUCCUAUCUGCCCGAGCUGCUGACCGGCUCACUGGUGGAUAUCGAGUUCCUGCUCUUUGACAGCGGUGGCGCGCUGCUGGAUUAUACACGGGAAGAGAUCACGGCGCUGAUCCGGGGCCUCUUUGCCGACACACCCAACCGCCGGCGACUGCUGGAGCGGAUCCAGCGGGCGCCGUGGGCAUCCACGCAAGUAGGGUUGUCGUAG